UCCACGUAAGAAGAAGAACUGAAGACAAGCUGCAGCUUCUGUCACAACAGGGUUGUCAGGGGCCACUUGUGUUCUAUACUGUGAAACGGGUCCAUCUCAGAGGACGACAGCCUCACUGGAGAUAAACGACACCAGUGUCAUCAUGUUCGAGAAUUUCAGAGAAAGACUUCACAUGGUGCAACAGGAUUUAACGACGGGCUUGAAAACACUUGGAGAUAAAUCAAAAGAAUCCAAAAGCAGCAGCAGCAGCAGCAGGAGGAGGUCCAGGUAUGAAGAAAGUCUUCCUCAUUCCAGUGCUGGACUCGACAUCCUCAGCAGGUAUGAGGAGAGUUGGUUUCUGCUUCACAAAAAAACAAAAGACUGUGCUCAGGUUGCAGAGGCCAUUGACGGGGACGUGGUGAUGCUGUCGGCGCACUGGGAGAAGAGACGAUCAGCGCUGACACAACUACAGGAACAACUACAAAGCUUGCCCGCUUUCAUCUGCGAACUUGAUGCCAUCACUGCAUCAAUAGCUCAUCUGGAAGGUGACUUUGAGGAGAUGGAGAGCAGGCUGAUCUUCUUGGAGACACUAUGUUGUCAGUGUGAACAGCAGACACUCAAGCAGCAUCAUAUGGACCAACUGGAAGUCUACAAGAAAAAAAAGAGACGAGAACUGGAGGCACUGGAAGUGGAUCUGAACGCAGAACAUGCUCAGAAACUUUCCAAGCUUGAGCUUGCACGGCAGCAGAAAUUGAGAGAACGGCAGAAAGUCUAUGAAGAAGCCUUUAACCAAGACUUGGAGAAGUACCGCACCACUGGCUGUCUUCAGCCCAGAGAACCAACAGAAGCAGAUGCGGUCAUUCUGGAUCAGAUGGCUGUUACCAACCUUUCGGACCAGGAGGCGUUGGAUGAUUUCCUGAACUCUGGCGAUGACCUCACUUCUGGAUCAUCACUCACCUCGGGUCCAGACCUCACGACCGGCUCAUUGGAAUCCCUAAGCAGCCCACUGAGCCAAGUCCCUGACCUAGAAAACCACUCGUCAGACAAGGACUCUGAAUGUGUUCAAGACGACGGUGACCUCAGUGAGUCCAGUGAUGAGCCCGUGGUGCAAUUGGAUGAGGAGGACGUUCAGCCGGACAUGACCUUGGUUGGCCUGAGGGAUCCUGACCAAGUCAGAAGCUCUGAUGACAGUGACUCUCCAGGAGACGUGCCCUGUGGGUAACCCGGCAACCAAAGCCCUUGAGAUGUCUCGAGGGUUAAACACUCUACCGAACAUUUUCUGCCCCGACUUGGACUUGGGACAACACGCACAGCCAACACAGGUCAUCUUUUUCGAUUUUUAUUUAUUUUUUUAAUCCCCCAAAACAAUGCAAUAGACAAAUCAAAAAUGCAUCAAAUGAAUGCUGGGCGUGUCAUUUAUCUGUGGAUGUGUUUUUUUGGUGUGAUGCAAAAUACAUUAACGGUAACCACCGCCUUGUAAAAAAAAAAAAACAAAAAAAAAAGCAGAAAAGCAAGGACGAGUAUGAAGCAGCAGUUAACCCCCUUGUGCUUGAAAGCUGAGUGGAGCAUAUCAAACUGACCGCCAAUUGAAACAUUCUUAAAUAAGGAACCAAAUAUGCUGCCAUGGACCUGCACGUCCUGAAUAUGUUGUCAAAUGUUUAGUUUAACAUUUUAUUUCAUCACUAAAUACGUCCCUUUAUCGGUUUAUUUCAGCCUUGUUUCCUUCUGUGAACGCUAUUGUAACAAAUUGACUGAAUCUAUUUGCACUUGGUUUUGCUCCAGCGGGGUUGACAUUGUUGACAAUUCGCAAACAAGACAAUCCAUGUACUCAUGUUCAUGAGAAAAAAAAAAUGUCCUUUUCCAUUUGUUUUAAAGCAGUAUGCAAAAUAGUUAUACAUACAAAAAUUUUUUCUGAAUUAUGGGCCGUGGAGUUGGGCUAAUGAUGCUCUAAAGCAAAAAUACUUUAAAUAUUUCAUUUUUAAUAAAGCAUAAGCAUCAACAGCCGUAUUCUGACACAGGCCAAAUUUAAAAACAAUCUCGCAAUUCCAUAUUAUUGUGUGCAUACAGGAUUUGUUUGUUUAACAUGUUCAAGUUGAGCCAUUGAAUUAUUUUUGAAGGUUUUGCAAUUUUUGUUCUCAGAUAAAGCAAAAUGGGUUAAUAGCUUUUAAUCAAAAGACCCCUUCAUAUUUUAGAAUCCGCUUUGCUUUUUGUGCGUGUGCAGACAAUGUUUUAAGAAUAACAACGUUGUCUUGUUCCCACAGUGAGAAAUUUGAGACAAGUGCAGUGUUUCCCUUCCUGGUAGUACACCAAUUUGAAGACGUUUGCUAACUGAUUGCGGAGUGAAACUUGUGAAAUCAAUGUUAUUAUAAACAAAUAAUUAAUAUUUAAAAUGUUGUACAGCUUGAAUUAUAUACGUGUAUUUGUGGCCCACUGUACUCGGCGGCACCCGACUUCUUCUUUGCUGGGGUACCACAAAAUGGUUGCCGGACAAUCACAGGGUAGAUAUUGUUAAAACAAUCAUUUACAGUCACAUUUACACUUAUGGACAAUUUAAAACGCCUCCUUAAACCUAAGAAACAUGUUUUGGAAAUGUGGGGAGAAAGCCCAUGCAAGCACAAUGACAACAUGCAGACUCCACUUAGAAGACCCGAGCCUGGAUUCAAACCCCCAAUCUCAGAACUGUGAGGCAGAUGUGAUGUCCACUUGACCCACCAACACAUCGAAUCUGUUUUCAUUUCUUGAACUAAAUGUAUAUAUUGAUGAUAAAUGUACAGUACAGUAUUCAAUUUACCAAUGACAGCAAGCACAUUUGAUCUUUGAUUCUGCAUCUUCCAAAAAGAUUGUUCAUCAUGUCUUGCAUGUUGUUAGAGCACUGUGACCUAACGCCGGGUGUCGGACUUGCUUGAAGGUUGCACUGAAUGUUUCGACUUGACCUUAUGCUGUUUUCUUGAGCACCUUUCAUCAUUUUGUUGAACAUAAACUGUGGCACAAUUUGUUAAGCACACUUUGUAUGCACUCUGCUAAUAAGACAGGAAUUAAAUUACUGAAAAAUA